AUGCUUUUCUUCUCUCCCGCAUUACUCCUUUGGCUCGCCCUCGCGUUAGGAGCAGAAAACCGCUUGCAGGUUCAGCCACUCGACAUGCACCACAUAUCAUCGGUGGAUGACUUAGUUCCGGAUGAUUUCGGAAAGCACAGUGUCAUUUUUGUGAAGAAUGAAUCUUCGGUCAUACUACCAAAAUUUUUGCACGAAAAAGCUCACGAUCCUACAUUCUUUCAAGAGUUGACGGCAAUAUUCAACCCAAAGCGGUUGAAGGACAGAAUUUACCACAGCAAGCACUAUGUUCAAACUCAAUUUUCUAGGCAAAAUUUGCCUGCAAAUGCAAGUGAAGACUUUCCUCUCGAUGGGUGCUUUGACAAUUCCUUAAGUGAAACUACUAGUCUCGUAGCGCGUUCAUACGAAAAGACUACACUCAGACAAGGGUCGCUUAACUUGUUUGCUAGUCUUUUGGGAGUCGAGGUAGACGCAGGAAGCAAUGCUGGAUUUACUGACAUUUCGGAAGAAAAAAUCAUGUGUACCGUCAAUCCUGGUCGAAAGUUGCAAUUGGAAACAAAUUUACUUCAUAAAGAGAUGAAGCUACACCGAGAGCGAAACAUAACGAUUCAUGCCGGCUCAUCAGGUGCUCCCCUUUUGAAUUUUUCAGAGUGGAAAAAUGUCAAAGGUCCCAAUGAGCUCGAAAUAACUAUUAGGACCUUGUCAUGUGUCACCGAUAGCCAAAAAAUUCAAUGCUGA